ACCUCAGCUGCAUAACUGAAACUGAACUCUCCCUCUCUCUCAUCCAGAAGUAUCAUCGCUUAUGAGAUAAGGGACAAACCUCCUCCCUCCUUCCAAAUUUUGCAAAUUUCCAAAAACCCACCACCACCAUGCUUUCUUUAACAGUAAACUCUCUUAAGCCCUUCUCAUCUUUCAACCCCACCACCACCUUCUUAUCCUCCACCUCCUUCCUCAACCCCCACCCACCACUCCUCCUGCACCACAAACCCUCCUCCCCAAAACCCAUUUCCGCCACCCUCACUCCCUCCUCCAGCACCCAACAACAACAGAAACAAGUCUACCAGCCAUUCCGGCCGCCCCCAUCUCCAAUCCCCUCCAAAUUCCGCUCCCUCGACGCCAAUGGCCGCCUCGAGAUCCUCGCCAACCGCCUCGGCCUCUGGUUCGAAUACGCCCCACUAAUCCCCUCCCUAACCCAAGAAGGCUUUACUCCCCCCACCAUCGAAGAAAUCACCGGCAUUUCCGGCGUCGAGCAGAACCGCCUGGUGGUGGCGGCGCAGGUGAGGGACUCUUUAGUUCAAUCCAACACCGACCCAGAAAUUGUUUCCGAAUUCGACUUGGGGGGCUCCGAAUUGUUGUACGAAAUUCGGCUCCUGAGCGUCCAGCAGCGAGCUGCUGCUUCCCGUUUCAUAAUUGAGAACAAGCUUGAUGGCAAAGGCGCUCAGGAUUUGGCCCGUUCGAUGAAAGACUUCCCUCGUCGGCGGACCGAAAAGGGUUGGGAGAGCUUUGACUAUGCCAGCCCUGGUGAUUGUUUAGGGUUUAUGUAUUUUAGGCAGGGGAGGGAGCACAAGAAUCCAUCCGAACCUAGAACUGCUGCUUUAGAGCAGGCAUUGAAGGUUGCACAGACUGAUAAGGCUAAAAAAGUAAUUUUGAAAGAGUUGGAGGGGGAGAGUGAAGAUAAAGAGGAGGAGGAGGAGGAUGUUGCGGCGGGGGUUCGGGUUCCGGUUGUGAGGUUGAAGUUUGGGGAGGUGGCAGAGUCGACUAAAGUUGUGAUCUUGCCGGUUUGUAGGGCGGAGGAAAAGGAUAAGGAGGUUAUGGAGGCGCCGUGGGAGUGUACAAGUGAGGGGGAGCUUGGGGUUAUGGUGGCAGAGAAGGGGUGGAAGAGGUGGGUGGUGUUGCCGGGUUGGGAGCCAGUGGUCAGUUUAGGGAAGGGCGGAGUGGUGGUGUCGUUCAGUGACGCGAGGGUUUUGCCUUGGAAGGCGAAUAGGUGGUAUAAGGAAGAGCCUAUACUGGUGGUGGCCGAUAGGAGCAAGAGAGAGGUGGAAGCCGAUGACGGGUUUUAUUUGGCGGCCAUGGAUGGUGAGGGUUUGGGGUUUAAGGUUGUAAGGGGAUCGGCAUUGAAGGAAGCUGGUGUGGAGGAGAGUUUAGGGACUGUGGUGUUGAUCGUGAGGCCGCCAAGAGACGAGACAGACGAUCAACUAAGCGAUGAGGAUUGGGAGUAGAAGUGUAAGAGUAAGAGAUGGUCCUUUUGAACCACUCUUUUGUUACAAUGGAGAUUUAUACAACUCGUAUAAGGAUCUUUGGUAAUUUUCCGAGUUAUUUUGAACUGUUUUUGUAUGUUUAUCUUAUACGUUCAGAAUAUAUGAAACGAUUUUCGACCUC